UUUGAGCGCCUUUAAGAUAACAACGGCAGACACUUGCACCGCACAACGGCAACAAUAAUGAGCAACUAGUGGCUAAGGUCUUCAUCUGGAUCUGGAUUUCAGAAUAAUAACGCAAGCAUAGCAGACAUAGGGGAGCAGUUGCAAGCGUGUUAUACUGUCUGAGAGAACAUGAAUCUGGAAUCAUUAUUUCGAGACUUUAACCCAUGUAAAUUCAUAGUGCACUGCAGCCUAUUUUCGUUUGUAGCGCUUUUCGCGCUACGCCUCGAUGGAUACAUAGAUUGGCCCUAUUGGGCUAUUUUUACCCCGCUAUGGAUUUGGAAAUGCACUGCCAUACUGGGCGCUAUAGUGGGCGCCAUUGUUUGGUGUCGCUAUCCGCACUAUCGCCUUGAGGGCGACUCCUACACACAGUUUAAGGCGAUGCUUAUAUCUCUAUCUCUGCACCUCAUAUUGCUUAUGUUCGAGCUGCUGGCAUGCGACAAGCUCACAUCGGAGCGUCAUUUGUGGGUGCUUGUCUUUAUACCGCUUAUAUUUGGCUCUGUGGUCAGCGUUGGAGCCUGCGUCUGGGCUGUUAAGCAUGAUCGCUCCUUUGAAUUAGAGCUGUUUUUGGCUGUCAAUGCAUUGCAGUUUGUAUCGUUGCCGCUUAAGCUGGAUAAAUUUGUAUAUUGGAACUGGGAUGUCGUGUUUGUGCCCAUGUGGAUUGUCAUUUGCCUUAGCUUGGUCAGCGUACUAUACAACAUAAUAUUUUGUGGCAUUAUGAUGCGUACACCCGAAGUAUCUUUGCAACAGAAGAAGGCUGCUUUGAAUGCAGCUGUUGGCAACAUUUGCACUGUGCUGCCAUUGCUCUGCUUUCAGGUGGUCAUUUGCGACAAGCUGGAUGGAGAAAUCAAGUUUCCGUACAUUGUGGUCUUCUCCCCACUGCUGGUCUCUAUACUGGCACUAAUUAUACUGAGCUUUACCGCCAAGGGCGGUAACAUGUGGUGGUUUGGCAUUCGUAAAUCGUUUAGCCAAUUUCUGCUUUCGGCCAUGCCAUUUCUACAGGAAUACGGAAACAUCAGUUAUCAUGCAGAAACACAAAGCAAUGUGGGACAAUCUGUGCCGCUGGAUGCGUCGUCGUCAUCCACCAGCAAUAUGGCUGCCACUGAUCCGCUACACGAGUUUAGCAAGCACGAAAAGAAAAGCAAGAAGGCUGCCAAAAAUGAUAUAAUGAAGCCAGUGGUGCCAUUCAUCAGCAUUGAUUUGCCUGACUAGAUA